AAGCGAAGUAAAACAUAGAAAUAUGAGAAUGCAGCGUGCGUAAUGGCUCGCUACUCCAGUCCGGAUUUUACAUGUGAGGCACGCCGGAGCCCUGGAGGUGGAUAAGCUGGUGGAGCCCGCUCUCUCUCAUGCCAUGCUGGGCCACAAGGGCUCCGGGAGACGCUGCUACAUAUUACUGAGAACCGGGAUGGAGGAGAGGCGGAGGGGGGAAGAAAAAAAAGUUUCGUUUAAACCUGGCAGAGAAACUUUCAACAUGAAGCCUCACUGACGCACCGUUCCACCACCACCACAGCAACACCAGCGCUAGAACAAAGCUUGCUUUUCCACUGAAAAUAUUUUUCACCUUCCAGCUUGUGUUUUUUCUUCCCCUCUUGUGUUAUUUUCUGCGCGCAGGGCUGGUUGGGGCUUGCUGUCACUGCGCGCUGAAAUGUUGGAGUGACCAUGGCUGCGCAAGUGGCAUCGGCUCCGACCAGAACUAAUAACAAAAAUAAGAAAUUAUCCGGCGGUUUGGGUCCGGAGCUCAAUUCGGGGAAAUCCGGAGGAGGUGGAGGAGGAGGGACCGUACAGCGAAGUGGACCGAUUCUGGGUGCUGGAGAUGGGACUCUGAAUAAUGUAGACCAUCACCGCCGAAACGAGCUCAGCAUGGUCCAUUCAACUUCCACGACUCACAGCGCUCCGGACGGCCACGACAAGGCUGGGAAUAACCUCACAUCUGCCUCGGCGUCGACUAAUUCAACCACUUCCUCGAUGGAAACGGGUUUGAUCGCGAACCACAAGCUGAAAUGUGUGGGAAGCGGAGAUCCCCCUCAGUCUCAGCCGCAGCAGCAGCAGCAGCCGCCGCCGCAAUUCGGCCAAUUUGCGCCACAUCAGCAGCGACAGAUCCAAAGUAACAACAGCGCCAAUAACAACGGCCAGGUGCCCCGAGGGGACAGAAGUAUGGAUCACCAACACCACGGCGGCAAAGAGAACCUGUUGGGGGGCCAGGAGGAGCCACAGCAGCAGCACAUGCCAGGGAAAGGUGAGGGGGAGCUCACCUGUAAACCCUCGGAGAGGAUGAUGGGCACCAGGUACGAACACUCCUCCAACUUGGGGCCACCGAGCAACAACUCCGAGUUUAAUAACAACUAUUACAAUCCAAGGCCCUGUUAUGAUCAACAUGGCGGGCAGCAGCAACAAAGCGGUGGGAUGGGGAUAACGCACUCCUCGGCUCAUAACAGCAUGGAGAACUCCCACGAAGCAGGGUACCACAACAACCAGUACAACCAGUACCCUCCGUACCGGGCCAGCUACGGCGGCGGGGCCUACGGGAUGAUGGGCCCCUCUGGAUGCCGGCAGCCUGGGAACAUAAUGAUGGGCACCAACUCCUCAGCAAGCCACGGCAAGUCUCCCCUGGGAGCAGCUUCUGGUGGCUUCCAGAGGUUCACGGGACAAAAUCAGCAGCAGCAGCAGCAGCAGCAGCACCCAUCAGGGGCCACCCCGACCCUCAACCAGCUGCUGACCUCCCCCAGCCCCAUGAUGCGGGGUUACGGUGGUGCAUAUCAAGACUACAGCGGCCCCACGGCGCAGCAGCAAGCCGGCAUGGGCCUGGGGAAGGACGUGGGGCCCCAGUAUGGAGCCGGCUCGGCCCACUGGGGAGGGCAACAGAGGAACCAUCCACAUUCGGUUAACCCGGGCAACGGAGGGCAAGGCCUCGGCAGGACGCAGGUGUCCUCCAUGGACUUCAUGGCGAUGAAGCGCUCGCAGCUGUACGGCAUGGCCAGCAACCCCUACUCCACCCCGCAGCAGCAGCCCGGCAGCGGACCUUACCCGCCUAGCCAGCCAUACACGUCGCCCCCUCCGCAUCGAUAUCCAAUGAGCAUGCAGGGGAGGGGCCAAAUGGGAAUGGGCGGGAUGCAGUACCCCCAACAGCAGCAGGUGGCGCCAUAUGGCCAGCAGGGGAUGGGGGGCUACACCCAGCAGCAGCAGCAGCAUGGGGGGCAGCAGGGAACCCCUCCAUACUUCAGCCCCCCUCAGCAGAACCCUCCAGGCCCGACCCAGAGUUCCUACCUGCAGCCUCGACCACCGCUGCAACAGGAGGCCCAGCAGGAGAGCUACAGCAUCAGGGGUCCUGCCCCAGGGAAUGCUGGGAAGGCCAACAAUGAGGAUGGCGUCUCCCAGGACCGCCCCUCCAGUCUGCCGGACCUGUCUGGCUCGAUUGAUGACCUCCCCACUGGGACGGAGGCCGUUCUGGGCUCGGCCGUCGGCGCUGGGGGCUCCUCCAGCAGUAGCAGUAGUAGCCAAGGGGAGCAGGGAGGCACGAGUAACCAGGGACAGUCACCCUUCUCCCCUCACGCCUCCCCACACCUCCCCAGCCAGAGGAGCGGGCCCUCUCCCUCCCCCGUGGGCUCCCCAGCAGGCUCCACUCAGUCCCAGCAGUCCCGAUCGGGCUCUGGACCCAUCUCUCCCGCCAGCGGACCCUCAGCCAACACCACGGCGCCAGGUUCGACUAUGGCCCCACAGAGCUCUGGAAACGGACCAGAUGGAGCCCACCCGCCAAUCACACGCUCACCUAUGGCUCAGGAGAGAGGCUUUAUGUCCAGCAUGCAGAGAAACCAGGCUGGCUCUCAGUUUGCAUCUCCACAGUCUGGACCACCUAUGUCCCCCCACCCAUCACCUGGAGGCCCAGUGUAUCCUGGUAUGGGUCCGUACUCCCAGAGUGGCCCCACAGGCCCUUAUGGACCUCAAGGAUCCCAGUAUGGACACCAAGGAAACUACCCUCGGCCCUCUAACUACAGUGGGACAGCCAGUACCAGCUACAGUGGCCCCGGCCCCGGCAUGACUAAUAGCCUAGGAAUGAAUGCUAGCAGCCCCAUGCACGGCCAGGGGCCCGGCCAGCCUCUACCUGGAGGACGCAGCCACGGCCCAGGCAGCCAGAACAGGGUGUACCCACCCAUGGGUCCCAGUUCCCCCAGCAUGCCCCAGCCAGCUGGGCCAGGGAUGGGUCCUCCCUCUUUGGGUAACUCGAACCGUAAGGCCCAGGACGGAGCAGCAGCUGCCAUGCCAGGAUCUGCCAAUUCAAUACACAACAGGCUGCCUCCUUACGCGAGGUCCCCAGCCCAGAUGCCGCCCACCUCCACCCACUGGCCCUCACCCCACCCUCCCUCCACCCGUCCACCACCUUCACCUUCACCCAGACCUCACCAUCACCAUGCACCCAUCCUGCCACCCUCACCCUCACAGCAACAUAGGCAGGGCAACUACCAAGGCCCCGGCAUCAGCCAGGCGAGCACUGUCCCCUACAGUCAGCCAGCGGGCAACAACAGUUCAGCCACGGGCAACGCACAAGGUCCAGGCUACAGUAUGGCCCCCUCAGGACCUAUGGGACUGUCGGGAGAUGGUAUAAUGAGCCUGGAUGGUAAGCCGAAAACGGACGUCAAAGACGACAGCGGCACCGCCAAUGAGCCCCACAAACCAAAGCUACAGGACGGUUACAUCAACAAUACCAGCAGCAGCGGCUCCCAGCAGUGUGCGUCCCAGCCGGCCACUCCAGGCAGCGCCCUCCCCGUGCCCUCACCCCUCUCACCCAGCCCCGCCAGCCUCUCCUCCUACCACGGAGACGACAGCGACAGCAUCAGCAGCCCCCCUUGGCCGCUCAAGACUCCCUCCAGCCCCAAAGCCAACCCCAACUCCUCCUCCCUCAGCGGCGAGCGAAUCACGCGGCUGUAUGAGCUGGGCGUUGAGCCGGAGAGGCGAGGCUGGGUGGAGCGUUACCUGAACUUCAUGGAGGAGCGAGGAACACCUGUAGCCCAGCUUCCCGCUGUGGGCAAGAAGCCACUGGACCUCUGGAAGCUCUACAUGGCUGUUCGAGAGAUAGGAGGCCUCGCCAUGGUAAACAAGAACAAGAAGUGGCGUGAGCUGUCCACCACCCUUAACGUCGGCACAUCCAGCAGCUCGGCGAGCUCGCUGAAGAAGCAGUACAUCCAGUAUCUGUUCGCCUAUGAGUGUAAGAUGGAGAGGGGAGAAGAGCCGCCAGGAGACAGCAGCAGCAGCAGCAGCAUGGCCGGAGGGGACAACAGGAAGCAGGUCAAGAUCCAACCGCCCUCACCUGCUAAUUCAGGCGGCUCCCUCCAAGGACCACAGACCCCCCAGUCCUCUGGCAGCAGCUCUACAGCAGAGGCAACAGGGGACCUGAAACCCCCCACGCCUGCCACCACCCCUCUGGGGCAGGUCACACCGCUGCCCCCCAACAGGAGCAGUGUAAGCAUCCAGGACCCCUUCUCAGAGGUGAGCGACCCGGCCUUCCAGAAGCGGGCUCCCACCCUGCCGCCCUCGGCUCCUUACCAGCAGGGCCUCAGCAUGCCUGACAUGAUGAUGAGGAUGCAGUACGACACCAAGGACCCCUUCGCCGGGAUGAGGAAGAUGGCAGGAGCAGAUCCCUACAUGCCAGGCCAGAUGCCCGGUGGUGGUAUGCAGGAGAUGUAUGGUCGGCCUCCGUCAGCCCUGAGUAUGAGCCAAAGAUCACAGUACCCCUACGGACCAGGCUACGACAGGAGACCGGACCAUGUGAUGGGAAUGGAAGGAAGCAUGGGUCCCCCUGGGAGUCAGAACAGCAUGGGGCCUUCCAACAGUGAGGGCAGCAUGUACUCUCCCAGCAGAUACCCUUCACAGCAGAGACAUGAUGGCUACGGUCAACAGUAUCCCAGCAUGCCGUAUGGCAUGCAUCCAUCUGGGAUGUACCCUCAGCAACAGCAGGGCUACAAACGGCCAAUGGAUGGAAUGUACGGCCCCCCACCCAAGAGACACGAGAACGACAUGUAUGCCAUGCAGUAUACCAGCCAGCAGCCGGACAUGUACAACCACUAUGGCGGAGGCUAUUCAGGCCCGGAACACAGACCGAUCCAGGGACAGUUCCCCUACCCUUACCCCCGCGACCGUAUAGGCCCCUCAGGGCAAAGCCAACACAGUAUGAUGGGUGGGGGGCCCACUUCUAAUCAUGCUGCUGAUGGGCCCAACAUGUGGCCUUCAAGAACAGACCUCGGCUACCCCUACCCCAACAGACAGGGGCCUCCGUCACAAAUGCCACCUUAUGGCUCGAUCUGUAGAGACGACAUGGACGGUCGGCAAGAGCAGUGGCACCGUCAGUCCCCCUACAUGUCAUCGUCAGGGGGCAUGCCUCCCUUGUCUUCACGCCAGCCCUCCUCUUAUUCCAACUCCCCGUCCAUGGCCAACCACCUGCCCAGAGCACCGAGCCCAGGGGCCUUCCAGCGCUCCAUGGACUCCCGAAUGUCACCCAGCAAAGCACCUUUCAUGUCACCCAUGAAGAUGCCUAAGCCUGGGUUGGCCAUGAUGGGUUCUCAGGGCAGUGGACCCAUUGGUCAGUUUCCUCCUAACCUGAGGAGGGAUCUCAACUACCCUCCAGGGUCAGUGGAGGCCACCAUGCCGAUCCUCAAGCCUCGACGUAAGCUCACCUCCAAAGACAGUGGAACGCCUGAGGCCUGGCGCGUGAUGAUGUCUCUGAAGUCUGGCCUGCUGGCAGAGAGCACAUGGGCUUUAGACACCAUCAACAUCCUGCUGUAUGAUGACAGCACUGUGGCCUCCUUUAACCUCUCCCAGUUGCCUGGAUUCCUCGAGCUCAUUGUGGAGUACUUCCGUCGCUGCCUGAUUGAGAUUUUUGGCAUCCUGGAAGAGUUUGAGGUGGGGACUGUGGCUCACAAAAGCCUUUUACAUCCUGCCUCUACUGAGAAGGAAGAAGGACAUACCCCUGACCAGGAAACAAGCUCUACUCUCCAACCUGAACCCGAGUCCUCCACAGCAGCAGAGAACCAGAUGGAGCAAGCAGGAGGCAUCAUGGAGGAAACUCCUCCUGUCACUGCAGAGCCAGCUGAGGUAAGCGGCGCGAAGGACGAGUCUGACGUGAGCGUAAAAAAGGAGGACAAGAAUGAAGAGGACAGCAAAAAAGAGGGAAAAGAAGUAGAGAGUGAAAAAGAAACAGCGAGUCAGAAGGAGUCUGUGGAUCAGCCUGUUGCAGAGUUGGAACCUAAACUGAAACAAGCCAGCAAAUAUGAUAAGCUCCCCAUCAAGAUAGUCCACAAAGAGGACCUGAUUGAUGACAUGUCCGAGCGCUUAGGUUACGUCACUGAGUUUACCAGUGGGCUGCUACACUGGCAGGCUGGUGGAGGCGACUCCACUGCACACAUUCAGACACAUUUUGAACCCCGGAGUGAACCGCCUGCCAGGAUAGAUGAAAAGACAAGAAGCGAGAACAAACAGGAAAGCGAGACGGAAAAUGAAAAGAAAGAACCACUCAAACAUAUCACUGCUACAAUUGAUGAUGUUUUGUGCGCCAGGGUCGACGCCCUCUCUUAUGCCCACCCUGCGCGCUCCCUCCCAUCUUACCCCUUCAGGGUGCAUCCAGAUGGGGAGCAGAACCACAUCACCUUGCUUGAGGAUGAGCCCCGCUGUCUGGAUGAGGCUCCGCUAUCCACAACCUCUGCCUGGCAGGACUCUCUUUCCAAGCGGUGCCUCUGCAUCUCCAACAUCGUCCGGAGUCUGUCCUUCAUCCCUGGCAAUGACUUGGAUAUGUCACGCCACCCUGCUCUGGUUCUUCUUCUGGGCAGGCUGCUCCUGCUGCACCACCUGCACCCGGAGAGGAACAGGUCGCUCCCUAGCUACCAGAGAGACGAGCAACAGGAGCGGGGUCUGUCGAGUAGCAAAGAGGAGUGGUGGUGGGAGUGUCUGAGCCUGCUCAGGGAGAAUGCCAUGGUGACUCUUGCCAAUAUUGCUGGCCAGCUGGAUCUCUCCAACUAUUCAGACACUAUCUGCCUCCCCGUCUUGGACGGCCUUCUCCACUGGAUGGUUUGCCCCUCCGCUGAAGCCCAGGACCCCUUUCCAUCAGCAGCGCCCUACUCCCAGCUCACUCCCCAGAGACUGGUGCUGGAAUGCCUCUGCAAGCUGAGCAUCCAGGACGGCAACGUCGACCUCCUGCUAGCUACGCCGCCUUUCAGUCGACAGGAGAAACUCUUUACAGUCUUGGUGCGCUACGUGGGUCAGAGGAAGGCCCAGGUGUACAGGGAGAUGGCAGUGGCUGUCCUCGCCCACCUGGCACAGGGAGACCCCACAGCGGCACGUGCCAUAGCCAUGCAGAAGGGCAGCGUGGGUAAUUUGGUGGGCUUCUUGGAGGAUGGUGUUAGCAUGGCGCAGUACCAGCAGAACCCUCACAGCUUGCUCCACAUGGGGCACCCUCCUAUGGACCCGCCCAGUGUAAACAUGAUGUGCAGAGCAGCUAAAGGCCUGUUGGCUAUGGCUAAAGUGGAGGAGAACAAAACAGAGUUUGUACUGUAUGAAAGCAGAUUAUUAGACAUCUCAAUUUCCUCGGUGCUCAACGUGGGAGUGGUUGCCAUUAUUUGCCAAGUUCUGUUUCACUUAGGGAAAUUAUGACAGGAGGAGAGGCAGGACUCACGCAGCAGACACUAAGGCUACCAAGAAAUUUCUGUGGUUUUCUAUUUUUAUUUAUCAAAAUGACAGAAAAUGUUUGUGUUUUUUAAAAGAAAUAUCCACAUAAACAAAAUGUCUCUAUAUAUGUAUAGCUUCUGGGCCCUGUUAAAAAAAAUGGGUUUGGGAUUUGAAAGCUCAUUUUAAUACAAAUAUUUAAUACCUGCUGGUGUUGGAUUGCUAUGUUUGAUAUUUUGUUUGGCAUUUGUUUUUGUUUAUUUACUUUUUUCAGCCAAAGCUGCCACCAGAUGUUGGUGCUGAAUUACGUGGUUCCUUUUGAGUUGAUGAGAUGUUUUUCAGUUUUCUAAAUGCUAAUAUACUCAUCAACAUUUUGUUAAUGGAGAGUAUUUAUUUAAAAUGUGACACUGUACAGUAGUUUGAACUUUUUUGCCAACAGUUGUGGGGGGAUAAAAAAAAACACUGACUUUUUAAACUGAAAUGUAUAUGUCUCCAUCGCUGGAAGAUACGUUGUGCAAUAGGACUAGAGCAAGUUGUCCCUUUUGAGAACAGGAGGAUGUAGAUCUUUGAAGACACCUGCAGUGUGUGCUUUAGGCCAUGAGGAGGCAGCAUUGCACCAGCCAAUCAACAUAAGAGAAGAGCAUCUGUCAAAAAGAAGUGUCUAAUUUAUCAAUCAUAGCCUCAGUGACUUUCACAGAUGAACUUUGUGUUUCCUAAGCACUUGUGUUAUGUCUGUAUUUUUUCAUCAUUGUGUAUAUAAACCGUUGUACAAUGGACGCACAUGAUUCUUUCAGUCUCUAUCAAGCAUAGCAGGAGAUGGGACUUUCUGACUAUUAUAACAAAUGCUUUUAUUGUUGGUAAAAUUUGGUAUUGUUAUUAUACAUAUUUUGUUAAUGAGGUCAGAUAUUUGAACAUGGCAGAUGUACCUGAUGUUUCAAUGUAAAAAAUUCCUGUAUGCAUUGUAUUAUAGCUGAGAAAACAAUCGCUUUGGUAAUCAAACGUGGAAGUGCCAGGGUGAGAGGACAACUAGGUGAGGUUUCAUGAGAAAACUGAACAUAUUUCUGUUCGUUACUGUCCUCCAUUCAUGUCAAUGGGCAUAUUUUUGAAUCUGCGUAAUGCUCUAAAAGAAACAUGUGAAAAGAACCUUCAAAAUGUCCUGAAAGCUCAUUGUAAAAUUUGCCUUUUUUCAUAUGACUCCAUGUCUCUUUUAUUCAGUAUACACAUUUAUACUCUGUGCUGCACAUGUCACAAAUAAAUGUACGAUGAACAUCGUUACGCACUGGAGACGUUGCAUUAUGUCCAGACAAUCUUAGGCCAAUAAAACAAACAUCAACUGCUUA